AUGAAUAAGAAAGACAGAGGAAAAAGCGACAGCGUAUUCAGUUGGAACGACCAGUCUGCAAAUGUCCGUACGGUGACAUGGGAAACUGGAAAAAAACUAAACAUUAAAAUGUACGAAAAGAACUGGAAAACAGUCAAGUCAUUAAUGACCGUGCGUAGUCGUGGAAAAAAGUCUUUACAAUCCACGCGAUAUGUCAGACAACUGAGAUAUUCACUUGACAUGGAUACUCCAGAAAACACAGACCAGGAGGAAAGUGAAGAGGAACGACAAAUUGCACGAGAGGUAUAAAAACGUUAACACGAUAGCGGAUAUUUGUUUGGCUCCUCUUUCACACGGGAAUGCACCUAUGGAAUACACCCUUCCGGAAAGUGCUCAUUGCUUGACUAGACAGCAUCGUUUCCGUGAUUGAGACAUUCCUUGCUUGUGAUGAAAUGAUUAUAAACAGCUAGUCUUUAUGUUCACUGAUAUAACUGUAUGAUUUCGUAAAUCUGUCACAUGUAACAAGACAAAAGGCUCUAAAUCUCAAUCACGAAAACGAGGCUGUAUAGCCAAACUAUGAACACUUUCCGGGUGCAUUCGUACGGUUAGCCGGAGCCAACCUCGUCCCCAGGGUCUUCUUCGUGAUGUCGAAGAAGACCCUGGCGUUUCCUUAUUCUCUGACCCUGGGGAGAAGAUCCUGGAAACGAGGUUGAGCCGGAGCUGGUUCAUGCGUAAUUUAUACGCGCCCCCAUCUUGAUUAGUUCAUUCGAACUCGGAAAGCAAUAUUUUAUUAACUUUACAAUCAUAUUAUGUUAAAAAUACACAUAUUGAUUGAAGGAUUGGACAACAGAACUCGAAUCCCAUAUUAACUAUUAAGAUUUAAGUCCAUCCAAGGCAUCCAUCUAACACUACUAGCUAAAACUGGCAUGGACAAUCGUACGGAUUCCAAUUUAUCGGCUGGUCCCGAAUCGACUAUAAAAUUUAAUAAAUUCAUGUUACUAAAAUUUCAUAAAAGUCUGAUUAGGCCUUUAAUGGAAUGUGCAGAUGUAAUAUGGGAUGGAUGUAGUGUAGAGGAAGCAAAUCUUUUAGAAGCAGUCCAGUACGAAUCAGCUCGCAUUGUUACUGCAUUAUGCAAUAAGGGAACAAAUAGAAAUCGUCUAUUGGAAGAACUAUGUUGGGAGGAUUUAAAAACUAGGAGACAUAUUCAUAAACUAUCCUUUUUUCAUAAAAUACCCACACUGCACCAUCCUACCUUUGUGAUCUUUUGCCUCCAUAUAUAAACCAAAGAUCCAGUUAUUUUCUAAGAUCUAACGACACUUUAACUAAUAUAUUUGUGAGAACUGAACGAUUUAAAAAAUCUUUCUUGCCAUCAGCAAUAACUGCCUGGAAUGAUCUUGAUCAGGAUUUACGAAAUAUAGAAACGCUGUCUUGCUUUAAAAUUACCUCAUGUAAUAUGUAUUGUGGACAAAAAUAUAACGUAAAAUACAAUGCAUCACUAAGUAGGUAUAGCUCAAUACUGCAUACCAGGCUCAGGCUUGGUCACUGUGCGCUUAAUUUUCACCUAUAUAGAAUUAGUUGUGCAAAUUCCCCUUUUUGUGAAUGUCGAUGGGGUAAAAUGGAAACUGUCAAACAUUACUUUUUAUAUUGUUCUCGAUUUGCUGCCCAACGUGAACAAUUGCUCUCACUUUCUGCGCGGCUGCUCCAUCCUAUCAUUCCUAUGUGGAUGAAUUUAUCAGAGAAUCGGAAAAUUGAAAUACUUUUGCAUGGAUCGGAAAAUCUUGAGCAUGAAGAUAAUGUAAAAUUAAUGCAAAAUGUCCAAUUAUUUAUUCUAAAUACAAAGCGGUUUCAGGCCGAGUAACUUUUUUUAAACUUGUUUUGUAAAACAUUGGUGUGGUAAAUUCUUCCAUAUAAAUUUCUUAUAUAUAACAAUAUGUUGUUUCAUGGAAAGCUUGAGAAUGAAUACCAGAUGUUCUUCCACACCAUGAUUAUUCGAUCUUUGUUUUGAUGUAAUCCUUUUUUAUGUAAUCCUCUUUGUUUUGAUGUAAGUAACUUUGUAAAUAAUCCGACAUAAUCUCCCUUGAUGAGCGAUGCUCUUGGAGAAAAUGGCUGUAACAAAGUGUUUAAAUAAAAAAAAUAAAUUUACGGUUAUAUAAGUUGGUGCAAUCAGAUCGAAUCACAUGAGUAAAGGCCCAUUUCCACUCAAGAAAAUUUUCCCCGGAAAGAAAAUUUUGUACGAUUUGAUUAGCUGACACAAAUUUUCCGUCGGAAAAAAAUUUUGAUGUUGAAAAAUUUCAACUUUUAAUAAUGACAUUUUCGGAAAAUUUUCUGUCCGUGGAAAUUUUUCUUGAAAAUGGGCCUUAACCAGUCGCUCGGACAUGCUCUAGUUGGUCACCGCGCGGACAAACCAUAAUAAAAAACGAGCUUAAUAAAUAAAUGUCUGAAGAUUAAAGGCAGCCGUAAAAGUUCGAUGCAAAUCCGCAAACAUCUAACUUUUUCAAUUUUUUUCAGUUACUACUUGCAAGAUUUAAGAACGUUGUCACGAAGGUAAAGAGAUUGUUCAGAGAUUUCAUUCAUUGUUUUAUGAUUAUGUAAUGAAAUAAUAGCCAAGUUCGCCACAGUUCGGUUAGUGCGACCGGGCGAUUUCUUUUAUGGCCAAGGAAUACGAUAUGACUUUUGUGGCCAAGGUCAAGGAACACGAUGAACAACAUUGUUUCCAGGUUUGUCCACCAGGCUAGGAAACAAUGGUUUCUGGUAUUCGGGAAACCGACCUUCAGAAAACAUGGCUAGAAAACAGUUUUCAUGGUUGACAUACCCUCGUCCAAAGGCGUUGGGAAAAAUUAAGGGGGCAGAAAGAUAUGUGCCCGAAUUUUUUGCAUUUUGCCCGACUUUUUGGAUUUUGCCCGACUUUUUGGAUUUUGCCCGACUUAUUUUUAAAACAUUUUCCGUGUACACUUUCAAAAAUUCGACAGGGGGGAGGGGGGUUGGAAACCUUAUAUAUUUCUUGCAUUUUAGACUAUUAUCUUACAUAUUUCUUGUUCUUAAAUUUAUUUCCCCAUUCGUUUUGCCUAACUUCCUCGUCCCCUCUGGCCUCGUACGCUUAUGCAUUCAGCCUUUUGGAAACAUGGCUAGGAAACAAUGUUUCCACACUAAUGUUUCCAAGAUAGUGCCCUGAGCCAAGCCAUCUUUAGUUCGCGCUGAAGAUGUAUGAAACAUUAUAUAUGAAACAUUACUCUAGAUAAUGCUCCUCCGAUCAGUAUUUGUCAACGUCCUGAAAUAUGCAAUGGAAAAAGGCGGACAUGAGAAAAUCACAUCGGAUCCACGACUGCGACUCAAAGUUAACCACGCUCAGUUACGUACUGAGCAAGAUAUAGCAUUUGAUCCAGAACAAUUCAAAACAGACUACCAGGUAGAGACGAUUUGUCUUUUUUGUGCAAUAUGUAUGAUAAUCCCGCAAUCAGGUCGGAUUAAAUCCAGAAAAACAUUCCUAUAGUAUGUUAGCCAUUCCAACAUACUCGUUCUCGCAGAACAAAAUCUGACAAUAUUUCAAACUUGGUAGCUACUAGGCAGUAUUCUUCGAUCAAGUGUUGAGGUUUUGAAAAAGAUGAACCCCUUCAUUCUUCCACUAUCACAUUUUCAUACAGCCUAGCUACAAGGCCAGAUGGGAAAUUGAUAUUCAGUGGGUACAAGGAUCCAGAUUAGGAAUUCGUCGACUGCUGUUUAGAUAUCAUAACAACAUCUAGGUGUAUAACCUAUUACCAGUUCUGUCACUUCUGUGUAUUAUUUGACAUUGUCAUCUAUAACCUAGGGAUACUUUCCAAAAUGGGCGAAAGAAAUUGCUCUCAAGGCGCCUGGAGAUAGAACGGAUAAAGAAAUAGAUACACUUAACAAAAUUCUUAAACAGCUCAAGGAAUUUCGUCGUUAUACACCCGAAAUACAGCGGCUUUUGUGUAAAGUAGUCAGAUAUGACAGGUAAAUGUUCAAGUGAAUAUUUGGAAUUUGUGACGUGACGCCGAAGAUUCGCUAUAUAAAUCCAGUCCAAAUCAUAAGAUAGUCACGUCAGACAAUGUAAACAACGUAAAAAGCAACUUUUUAAAGUUGUAAUUGUAAAUUUACCAUCACACAUAUAGACAAACAACUACAGUUAUAAAAAUUUCGUAUUUCGCAGUUUUUAACUCUCAGAACUGGGAGAGGUAGUAUCCCCACAAUAGCAGAUACACCCAGCGUGAGAAAGACUAAUUUGCUUCACAUACGCUUCAGACAUGGUCAUGAUAAUAGGAGAUUAUUGGGGUGUAUACAACUCCGGUGUUGGAUCCGAUUUCAAACCGGAUUUCGUUGUACCUUCGAGUGGCUUGUAGUGGCAGAGUAAGAAGUGUCCUAUAGUUAUUCUGAACUACAUGAAGGAAAUUACAAGGUUAUUCGCUAACAUCUUUGAUACUAACCAUGGUACAUCAUUAAAACAUUCUUUCGUAGAUUUGGUCGUCAUCGUGUGAUAAUACGCAAAGGUCAUGUUGGCAGAAGAUUUUACAUAAUUUAUUCUGGGACUGUGGCUUUCACAUUGAGUAAAGACGACUGUGAAGUGUUUUCAAGACCUACAGAGUAUUAUAAUUUAGGCAAAGGAGAUGCCUUUGGGGUACGUUCGUCGCGUUGACGAAUUUAGUUUUUCUUCUAUAGUUUUAACUUAUAACAUUAUUCAUAUUAAAUGGAUUGAGAGGUCCAGUAAGGUCAUUGGUCCAAUGUAAGAGGAAAUCUGAAUUGAACUAACCUUAUUUCUCCUUGGUUUGUGAUUUCACACUAGCUGUUCUAAAUGGUUCUCUUAUGAAGUUCAGUCAGGGUCAUCUCCUAUUCAGGGACGGAUCUGUCUCCAGUCCCUUUGGUCCCAUAGGAAGAAAUAUCAGGUCUCAUGCACUUGGUGAAAACUUGUAGUGUAUAAAUUGGUAGAGUGAAACUGAACGCACUCUUCAUCCAUCACGGCGUGCAAAUUAUAACCAGAUAACUGCAUCAAUACUGCAUGAAUCGAAUCACACGUGCGGAACUGCGAGGAAAGGUACAUAAUACUCAUAAUACUGAUCAUACUGUAUGUGUAACAAAAUACGGUUGAAGACUAGAGUAGAGGUAUUUUGGUUUAAAACAUGGCAAUGGUUCAACUAUAGGAAAACUGAUCUUUCUUACCAUUCGCAGGAACUUGCUCUCAUAAGAAACGUUAAACGUUCAGCAACCAUAGUCUGUCUUCAGACAACAGAAUUUCUGUACAUUGAAAAAGAGGAUUUUACUGAAAUGGGAGUUGUUGAUAUUUUACGCAGAGAAAUGGAAAUCAGAGUAGAAUUUUUGAGGUACGAUGAAUACUAUAAUUAUAUUUUUUAUAUCCGAUGAGUUCCAUCAGUUUUCCCUAGAGUCACAACAAGCAGUGGCGUAGCCAACCCGACUAUUUUAUUUUAGUCCCGCUAUAUGCAAAUUCAAAUUAUCAUUAUUCAUUUCUUUAGAAAUUGAUUGUUUUCACAGUCAAUGAACACGAAAAUAUUUGCAUAGCGGGACUAAAUCGUCGGGCUUUCUACGCUACUGACAACAAGCAGUUAGAGCUAUUCCUUAUAGUGAAUAUAGUCCAUUGUUACCACAGGAUGAAACGUAGCUGGCCAGAAUCGGAAGAAAACGUACGCCAACUAGAAACAACUUUCACAACACGUCCAAUAGACUCUACUGUUAAUUGCACUCUUGUCCAAAUGGCCUCGUAUUCAUGUGGUUAUUUUCCUCAGGUUGCGUGCGCAAUAGCUUUAAACAUGCAGCAGUUUAAUGGGCAGUAAGAGACUAGAUGAUUUGGUUUACCAAGUCUUCGCUCGACAAGUAAAAUCGUAGAAAUCAUUAAUUUCCUUCAAAAUGAUAAAUCUGAUUGUAUAGAGAAUACGAUCUUUUCUCAACAUGGUCACAGGACGUGCUUCAAAAAGUUGCAGAGGAAAGUCGUUCCAUGGAAUUUGGUAAUAAUGUGGUGAUUGAUAACAAUUUACUACAAACAGAUAUGCUCUACGUUGUCAUCGAAGUAUGUUCAUUUAUAAAUUGUUCUAUAGAAUAUGAUCACCUUGAUUUAAAGUAUAAAAUUAGUUGGAUCCCUCGGAAAGAGGUAGAACCAAGCCAUAGCUGGUGAAUGUAUGUUUGAUCCAGUCCUUAGGACUUAAUUUAAAGUGGAUCAAAAUUAAUUCACCACUCUUCUGGUAAUGAUUUGGAAGAAUGACAUAUCAUUUCAAAACCUCAAAUUUGGACUGGGCCAAAUUUCAAGUCCCCGGAAAAAAAUGCUCGGACUUAAAAUCCGGUCCUUUUCUCUUUCUAGAUUUGACUAAUUGACAUAUUAGUUAUUUAGUUGAACAACAAGUAGAAACAUAUAGCCUGCGUGGCAGGCUCAUUGAAUGAGCCUGCCACGCAGGCUAGUAGAAACAUGGGUGAUCACGCAAAACUGAGAAUGGAUAAACACAAUCUUUAAUUUUAAUCGUUAUUAGGGCAGGUGUCAAGUGCUUCGUUUAUUGGAUUUAACACAGAGAAAGAAAUGGGUAAAUUUAAGACGUAAUCAAAAGAAACUUUGCAGUUCGGAGUUCCCAGAAACAAGCAGCACGCCAUAUUCACGACAAGGCACUUACUCGCGUCUUAGUGGGUUAUCUAACGUGACUGGAUAUAAUGAAAGGAUGAUUCCUAGAACUUUCUCACAACCUCAGCCACCGCCUACGGAAAAACAUGUUCAGCCAAGACUGGUAAAGUCAGCUCACUGCUGCACAGUUACACAAAGGCGGGAAAAUGUUGUAAAGGAAGUGAAACGAGCAUCUUAUCCCUGCACCUCACAGGAACGUCGCGAUAGAAGCGCUAACUCCAGGAUCCAAUUCGAGCAAACUAAAGUUGGCGUCGGAGUUUUCUUAAGCCUUGAUAUCAUUGAAAAAGGACAAUCUGCGGUAAGCUUAGAUACAAGAAAUCUCGAACGGUUGGUGCCGAUGUCGGUAGCGAAGAAUACAAACAGCGAACUGUGGAUAUGAUGUAACUACCUGACUAAUGCAACUACCUACUAACUUCCAGACGAGGUUCGAAAUUUUCUCUGGAUUCUUCAGGUAGUUGCAUUGUCUGCAGAGUUCGCAGUUUAGAUAUUCUAGAACACGAGAUUGUUUCAGCCCGGAAAAGCAAGACAAACAGGUCCACAAAUUUUUGUAUUUAAAAAGUGUUUGAUGGUUAAACAAAUCCAGGUGAAGACAUAACUUCCUGGUGGAGGUACAGUAAUUAUGCCCCUAUAAAAACAAAUAUUAAUUGGAAAUGGGGGGGUUAGAAAGCGAGCUUAUUAGAGAGCGAGCUUAUUAGAAAGCGAACUUAUUAGAAAGUGAGCUUAUUAGAGAGCGAGUUUAUUAGAGAGCGAGCCUAUUAGAAAGAUAACUUAUUAGAGAGAGAGAGCUUAUUAGAAAGCGAGCGUGCAGUUUCGGUAGUAUUCUACAAUAAACUGUCUUUCGUUUCCGUCCCUAGUGACUGAAUGAAAACGUUCUCUCUCUAUAUAAUUAUGGUUAAAUGCAAUGAUGCGAAGGAGGCUUAAUACUUUCCACUGUGUAUGUACGUUCGCAAGUUAAAUGGUGGGCAUGAUCGUAUACAUAUCUGACCUGAGAACAGGUAUACUCUGGGUACGAGAUUGGGCUGAAAUGAACUGAAUGCGUAAUUAGUGCAUGACUGUGUAAUUUACCAUAUUUGAAUUAAUUUGCCGGCGGAGGUAUGCAGUCUCCGAGUGCUCUCCGAAUACUGUAAAAAAGGACAAGGAAUAAUUAAUAAGAAUUAACCCACAUUUUAACCAGGGUCUUCAAGGAGUCGUACGCACAGAUGAAGAUAGGUUACUGGGUUCAAACACUGACAAAAGACAUUUAUACUUGGUAAGCAAAGGUUGUUUUAUCAUCUCAAUACCUGUUGAAAGUGUGAGGAAACAUGCUGAUUACAAAACCAUCCAGAAAAUCCAGAAACGCGUAAAAGCCUACCCUAGUGACGAGGCUCUUCUCGAUUGUUAUCUGGAUACAACCAGGUGGAAUGCAUACAAGGAAGUCUUAAUGGGUAGAAUGAUAAAAGAUAUUGAGAAGAGGCGAUGUGAGAGAAAACCUGGAUCUAUGGUUCCAGGAAUGGCACCUGUUAAGCAGGAACAAACCUAUUCGUGUGUUAUAAGUCGACCUGGGACACAACGAACGAUAUACGGUAAGCAGUAUGGACUUUGGGGGGAUGAGGAUGUCUUAAGUAAUCGAUUACUAUUUCACUAUACUUUAAUUUGUUGCCAUUGAAACUAAAUAGCAACAGUACUUAAUAGCGGCAAAAGAAGUUCACCAGACAAGGCGUACCUCCGCGAUAAUGAGUCGGUGGGAAAAUGCAGUCUAUAUAUACCUCGCUUGUUGUAAUUGAAAAACCCCCCAAGCGGAAUGUCAAACCAGAGGCCGGAGCUAAGGAUGCAAAGUGGAACCCCUCAACUUAUGGACUCUCCACAACGGAACUCGGCCUACAUAAAGUGCAUCUACCGUUAACCUUUGAUUAUAAUAGAGCUUAAGGUGGCUCCCUACAGUUCUCUAAAAUUCUAGGUAUUUUGAGUAUCGUUCGCUUUGAACCGAAUUUAUAUUAGAUACACUUAAGACAAGGCAAUAUGAUCAUUUCCAGGAAAGUUCAGAAGCAGUGUGCUAUCCAUUAAUCUUUUGCACUUUUAUUGUCUAAUUUCACAAUAAAUUGACAAUAUCUAUAUUUUCCUUCAGUGAAUUUUUCUGAAAUUUUUUUUUAAGAUUUAUGGUCCAUAAAGGAAAAACAUAUCAAAAUUUGAAGGGAAUUUACAAAUAAGUUUUCGAGAUAUUCGUGAAUGACGGUUACAGAAAAAGUUAUUUGUAGAAUUUCUUAAAAUUUGGAUAUGUUGUACCACUCGUCUUGUAUAACAAAAAUACAAAGUUUAAAAAAGUUUCACCGAAGAAAACACGAGAAAAUCAUCGCUAAAAUCGGCGUGGCCAGCAUGAAAAAAAAUCGACUCGACAUGAGCACAAUCUGCGCAUGCGUGUAAAUUGUAACGUGUGAUUUAUAGUGAUUUCAACUUUUUGGCUUACAAUACAUAAGAAAACAGAUAUUUCUGACUUGUUUGAUAUGAAAAUAAAAUAUUAAUCUUGAAAAUACUAAUACAAAACACUAUUAUAGGCAUUGUAUUAAAUCCAGUGUUAGUUUACAUUUGUUUUUGUUGUUAAAAUCGGUGUUCAAAACAUCGAACUACAAGUUUAACUUUUCAUAUAAAACAACUCAUAACUGUUUUAUUUGAUUUAGCAGAUAAAACGAUACCUGUGAAUUGAAUUGAUUGACAGAACUUAUAUAAGUUUCGGCAACAGUUCACUACUGUUCAAGAGUUAAUAGAAGACAGUAUCAUUUCAGUUUGACAGCUCGCAAAACAACAAGUUGAAAAUUUUGAGCAAUAUGAAAGACAAUACUGAACGUAAAUACGUAAAAACACACUAAAAGAUAUGUUAAACUAGUUAAUAACAUACGUACUGUUCGAAUUCAGAAAAAAAUAGGAUUAUAAUGAAAAACUGGGGCUUUCUUUGUAGAUAAAAACGCCAAAAAACUUCCCACGGCUUGUUUCAAUAUUUUUGCCGAACACUAAACACGACGAUUCCACGCGCAGGUCGCGAGGAUGAAGUCUGAUCUAUAUAAAUCGUAUUUAAACUGUACUAACUGUAGGGAGCCACCUUAAGCAAACGACGUUCUUGACAAUACGUACGGCAGCCAGAAAUCAACCGAGCCGUUAUACAUUCUUAUUUGAAAUCACGAACAUGAAACUAUUUGACUGACGUUCUUCAUUUCAAGCAAGAAAUGCUGACGCCCACAAUAACGGCUGGAUUGAUUCCAGUUGGUCUACGUGUUGUCAAAAUCUAUCUCUAGAUGUGUUUAACCCGCUAAACAUUCUAAUUACUUUCUCCUCACAGGAAGAUCACAAUCCACGUUGUCUCAACAAGAAUCAAUACCUGGGAAAAGGCAAGCCAGAUUACCACGAAGUGUAUGUUCUCCUUCACCAACUAUUCCUAAACCAAGUCCCGAGAUUGGCGGUGAAUAUCCGUUUAAACCUACUGCAACUAUCUACGCUCAAGGAAGUCGCAGGAAUUUGGUCAUAGUAAACGGACGAAUACGAACCAACACAAUUCAAGAAGAAGUCGAAGAACAGCUGCUUAAUCGUUGUGUGCAAGUGUAUUAG